CCUCGAUCGCUCCUUCAAUCGUUCACAUCACCCUUCACCCUUCACUCUCGACCCUAACAGAAACCACCACCUUACACAGACAGCUAGUCUCCUAUAUCUUUCCAUCAUGUCUGAACCCACCAAGCAAGAGAUCCAGGACGUCUUCAAGAAGCUGUCCUUGCACCGAGCCAAUAAGAACUGCUUCGAUUGCCAUGCAAGCAUUGACCAGAACUGCUGGACCAGCAUUCCAUUCGGAAUCUUUCUAUGCACGGACUGUGGUGCUCUUCACCGCAGCUUUGGCACCCAUGUCAGCUUUGUCCGAUCAACAGUGCUAGACAAGUGGACAUGGGAGCAGCUACGGACAAUGACAGUCGGAGGUAACGCAGCUGCACGGGAGUACUUUGCCAAGCAGCCGGGCACAGACAGCAAGGAUGCAAAGACAAAGUAUUCGAGCAAGGCCGCCAUCGCUUACAAGGAAAAGCUGGCCCAGAAGGUCAAGGAGGACUUGCUUGCGCAUCCUGGCAAGCAAGGUCUCGAGCGUCACUCAGAGGAAUCACAUAACAAAUCUACAGUAUCGACGCCAGCAACGGCCACUGCAGAUGAUGAUUUCUUUGAGAACUGGAAUCAGCCCAAGAAGACUUCUUUAAGCAGUGCCACAUCACCCCAGACCACUGUACCGCCCAGUGUAGGGUUCGGAUCAGUUGCACGCAGUCCCUCGACCCUUGCUCGACCAGUCAAAUCGACUCUCACAUCCGCUCGUAAGACAGGGACAGCGUCCAAGCCUAUGAAGUUAGGCGCCAAGAAAACUGGGGCUAUCAGUUUUGAGGAGGCAGAAGCCCGCGCCAGAGCAGAAGCCGAGAGGAUUGAGAAACUUGGUUUCGAGGCUGCGGAGGAGGAGCGUCUACAAAAACUGGCUGCAGAAAAGGCAAGAGAGGAGAUGGCCAAUGCUCCAAAGGGUAGCGAGAGCUCUACCAUGUCAAAUUAUUAUCAGGCCAAUACUGCGGAUAAAUCGAGGGUGUCGUCGGAAGAACUCGAGCGCUUGGGCAUGGGCAUGGGUCGCAUGGGCUUCGGAGCAGCACCUUCCUCGAAACCCACAAGCACUCGUUCAGGAUUCGGAAGCACAGGUGGUGGCUACUCGCCUCAGGUAGAAGAGAAUGUUACUGCUGCCCGAGAAAAGUUUGGCAACCAGAAGGCAAUAUCCUCGGACCAGUACUUUGGGCGUAACAACUACGACUCAGAAGCCCAGGCCGAGGCCAGUAGUCGUUUACAGUCAUUCUCGGGCGCGACGAGUAUCAGCAGUAACCAGUACUUUGGCCGACCAGAGGAUUCCCCAACUCUAGGCAGCGAUGUUUCAUUGUCUUCAUUGAGCAAUAUCUCGGGAUCUGACCUUGCCAAGAAGCUGAGCCAGGCUGAUCUGGCGACGCUGAAGAAUGCGGUUCAAACAGGAGCUGGAAAGUUGAGCGAUAUGUUACAGGACAUGCAAGCGCGAUACAACUAUUAUUAAGCACUAUGGCCAGCAUGGCGAUGCCCUGGCUAACUGCAACUAGACUGGAGCUGUAGUGCGCACAAUCCAAGCUACUUGAAUUAAAGAGCGGUUUUAUGUGUCUUUUGU